AUGGUCAUAACACGUGAAAUGAGAGAUGAAAUAGAAUUGGCAGUGAGUAAAGCGGUAAGCGAAUCCAUAAAAAGAGAGAUAAACGUGAAAGAAAUCAUAUCCAAAGUCACACAGGCCAUCACAAAAACUAUAAGCGAUAGUCUUUCAAAUCUAGAGAAAGCAGUGGCGGAGCUGAAAAAUAAAACCGAAGCUGAGAAUAAGAAAUUACAAGAUAAAGUUGGAAAACUUGAACAAGAAAUGAAAGAAGUGGUAAAGAAAACGAAUAUUUAUGAAGAGAAACUAGACUACAUGGAUCAAAACACCAGGCUAUCUAAUUUGAGAGUUUUUAACUUGAACGAAAGCCAAGAAGAGCCCAGAAAUGAAAUUAAAAACCUGUUUCAAUCUAAAAUGGCCAUCACCCUCAGAGAUGAAGACAUCAAUUUAUGCUAUCGAAUUGGGAAAAAGAACGAUGAAAAACCAAGAGGCAUUUUCAUAAAACUACGGUCUCUUGAUCUGAAACAAAAUGUUUACUCGAAGAAAAAACUCCUGAAAGGAACGGGAGUCGUGAUAAGAGAGGACCUGACGAAAACUAGAGUCCAGUUGCUAAACGAUUCCAUUGAAAAAUUUGGUUUGAAGAACGUAUGGACUGAAAAUGGGAAAAUCUACAUUAAUCACAACAAUAAAGUGACCAGCAUCAGAAACAAAAUAGAAUUUUCCAAAGUUUCCAUAUAA